AACAUUCUGACGACGUGUCACAAACCAAAACCCAGGCUGCAGAAUUCCUUUUCAGUCAGAAACUGUGAACCUUUGAGAGAAACUGCACUUUUUGCCACCCUGCAAUUAUCCCGAUUGACGAUCUGGUCAAGGUUUUGCGAACUUCAUGGCUCCUCCCAAGAGAACAAGCUCCUUCAUGCAGUGUCAUGGAAAUGAGAGGCUUGGCAUUCACAGUAAUACAGCAGACAACUGCAGCUACAACUCCCGGAUGCUGGCGAUAGAGAAAGUUCAGUAUGCCGACACUGUUGCCCUCUUUGAGCGCAUAGAGAAGCUAUGUGACUCUGUGACGGCCAGGAACAACGCUGUUCUGAGGAGACUGGGCCGCUCCAUCCGCCAGAAACCCUCUCCCUCGCUUCAGGUCCUGGCCUUCCAGUCAAAGUCCUCCGAAUGCCCUCAGAGACAAGUGAGCGUCAAGAAAACCUGCCACAUUCCCCCUAUAAAUGGGAAGCGGAUAAGCUGCCCCAACAAAGCCCUGGAUGAGCCCUUCUUGGACAUAAAGCUCCUUCUGGGGAGUCAGCAGGUGGCGCUGGCCUGUGGGGGGACUGAAACUAAAGGCCGAACCGGAAAGCCAAGCGCCAACGCUUUGGUUGUGUCUGUGGACUCACUGAGCACCAUGGACUCCCACAUUCCCAGGGAACUCACCUCCAUUUCACUGAGCCCAUAUCUGUCAUUGACGCUGCCUCCUCUUCCUCCAGCCCUAGCAAAUGGAGCGUCUGGAAUCCCAGUGAAAAUCAAACAAGCGGAACCAGACCAAAAAGUAUCUAGACGCAAACAGCAUUCAGUUUCAGCCAAAGUAGACCAGGCGAUAAAAAGACAGAAUCAGUUCCUGCUUAUCCACCAACUCCCAUCUAAAUCUUCAGGUGAUCUCAGAGAGACCCUUAAAGUUUCUUCACUGCCUCUUAAAUUUGCACGUCCUCCUAAAGUUGCACCACUUCAUAAAUCUUCACUUCUUCACAAAGAUACACCUCCACCUGAACUUGAAUUGCUUCGCAAAGAAGCAUCUCCCCCUAUAGCUAUACCUCUUCCCAAAGCGGCACCUCAUCCUAAAUCUGCUUAUCCUCAUAAUCCAGCACUUCCUUCUAAAGCUGCACCUCCUCUCAAAAUCACUCCUCCUCCUACAGUGUCGCCUCUUCCCAAAGCAGCACCUCAUCUUAAAUCUGCUUAUCCUCAUACACCUGCACCUCCUCUCAAAAUCACUCCUCCUCCUACAGUGUCGCCUCUUCCCAAAGCAGCACCUCAUCUUAAAUCUGCUUAUCCUCAUAAAGCUGCAUCUCCUCCCAAAAUCACUCCUCCUUUUACAGCAUUGCUUCAUCCUAAAGUCACAAUUCUUCAUAUAGCUGAACUUCCUUCAAAUGCAGCACCUCCCUCAAAUGCAGCACCUCCUUCUACAGCUGCACCUCUUCCCAAAUUUGUACCUCACCCUAAAUCUGCGCCUCAUCAUGAAGCCCUGCCUCCUCUUAAAUCCACACCCUUUCAUAUAGUUAAUGCAGCACCUCUUCCCAAAGUGGCACCUCAUUCUAAAUCUGCACCUCCCCCAAAGACCACACCUCCUAAAGCGGCACGUCUUCAUGCAUCUGCACCUCCUCUUAAUGUCGUUCCUCCUUUUACAACUGCACUUCUUCUUCCUAAACCUGCACCUCCUCCUAAAGUCACAAUUCUUCAUCUAGCUGCACCUCCUCCAAAUGCAGCACCUCCUUCAAAUGCAGCACCUCCUUCUACAGCUGCACUGCUUAAAGCCGCACCGCCUCUUAAAGCCCUACCUCAUCUUAGAGCCACGCCACUUCACAUAGCUGCACCUCCUUCUAAUAUUGCACCUCUUUCCAAAGUUGCACCUUCGAGUGCAGCCGCACCUCCUCCUAAAGCCACACCUCUUCAUACAGUUGUAGGUCUUUCCAAAGUGGUGCCUCCUUCUAAUGCUGCACCUCCUCUUCUAGAUGCACCUCUUACCAGAAUGCCACCUCCUCUGAAAGCCCCACCUCUUCAAACAGUUGCACCUCUUAAUGUUGCACCUCUUCUUGAUGCCGCUCUUCCCAAAGCAGCACCUCCUCUUUUUGAUGCGCCUCUUCACAAAGCGGCACCUCCUCUUAAAGUCCCAACUCUUCAAACAGCUGCCCCUUUUUCUACAGCUGCCCCUCUUCUCAAAGUUGCUCCUCUUCCCAAAGCUGCACCUCCUCUUCCCAAAGCUGCACCUCCUCUCUCCAAAGUGUCAGCUCCUCCCAAAGUCACACCUCCUCCUACAGCCGCACCUCCUCCUACACCGGCCUCUAACAGACGACAUAAACGAACAGCCAUUUACCUCCAGAGGUAUUGCAGAUAGGUUGUGCCCUCUCUGUGACUUCCCAACAUUUGUAUCUUUUAUUUAUUGUUUUUUCUCCCUUCCCAUAUUGUCUAAAUGAUUCAGAAAAGGCUUGCAGACUGCUGGCCAUCAACUCCAGUGGUCAAAACUGGGCUCUUCAAAGUCCCAGUUUCACUUUUGAUCUCAGUGAAAGUAAAACUCAAUGAAACCUGUUUCACCUAAAACUGAAAACUGACCUACAGAAGCAGCUGAAUGUUUGUAAAAGUGUUUUUGAGUUGUUGGGAAAGUUGUGCUUAAUAAAUGAU